AACAUAUGUUAGGAGAGCUAAGUCCAGUGUAAAAGUGUCUAUAUGACAGGAGAGUAGGAAAGCUCCAUAACAGAGCUGCAGGAUGACUUUUAUAACUGACUCUCUGUCUAGGGCCGAUGUGUUACUGUGCCUGACAGCCUGCAUUGCAUUCCUCAUCUACUGGAUCAAUGGCUCUAAGAAGAGUACAAGAAAUAUGCCUCCUGGACCUACCCCUCUCCCCUUCAUUGGGAACCUCCACUCGAUGGACAUGAAUAAACCCUACAAGUCAUUGAUGGAGCUUUCUGAGAAAUAUGGAGAGGUCUUUACUGUACAGUUUGGACCCAAGAAGGUGGUGGUAAUUGCUGGGUACAAAGCUGUGAAGGACGCUCUCAUCGCCCAAGCUGAUGAUUUCGGACAUAGGGCGGAAAUGCCCAUGUACAAGCUAUUCGGAGAAGAAAAGGGAUUAGUAUUUACUAAUGGCGAAUUAUGGAAAUCUUUGAGGAGGUUUACACUGUCAACACUACGAGACUUUGGAAUGGGAAAAAAAACAGUUCAAGAGAAAAUUCAAGAAGAAUUAAUCCCUCUCAUAGAAACCAUCAAAUCUCACAAUAACAAACCAUUUGAUAGCCACAUUAUACUGAACAGUGUGGUGGCCAAUGUAAUCUGCUCUAUUAUUUUUGGGAAAAGGUUUGAGCUUGAUGAUGCAAAAUUUAAACAAAUAAGCAGAGUGAUGGAAGAAAACACCCAGCUAGCUGGUGAAUCAAAACUGAUGGUGUAUAAUUACUACCCUCUUAUCGGAUCUUUUCUUGGCCUACAUAAGAAAAUAGUUAAGAACAUGCAAGACCAAGCUGAGUUUGCUUUAGAGUGUAUCAAAAUGCGAAGACGCGAGUUUGAUGAAAAUGACAUCACCGGAUAUAUUGAUGCCUAUCUUCUGAAGCAAAAACAGGGCUCAGUAGAAUCUGAAACAUACUUUAAUGAUGAAAACUUGGUCUACACAGUACUGGAUAUAUUUUCGGCUGGAACCGAAACGACAUCUGCAUCGCUAGGCUGGGCCCUUUUACUGAUGGCAAAGUAUCCAGAAAUUCAAAAAAGGGUGCAGGAGGAAAUCAGGACACAUAUGAAGCCAGGACAGAUGCCUACAGCCGAUGAUAGAAGGAAUAUGCCUUAUACUGAUGCAGUGGUACAUGAAGUACAGAGGUUCGCCAAUAUCGUUCCCCUGAACGUGUCUCACACGACUGUAAAUGAUGUGAAUUUCCGUGGUUACAGUAUUCCAAAGGGAACAGAGGUCAUUCCUCUCCUCACAUCCGUUCUGUAUGACAAGUCUCAGUGGAAAACUCCAUAUGAAUUUAACCCAAACCACUUUCUGGAUUCAAGUGGGAAGUUUGUACGACCCGAGGCAUUUUUACCUUUCUCUGCAGGAAAAAGAGCUUGCGUUGGAGAAAGCUUGGCCAAGAUGGAACUUUUCCUGUUCUUUACCGGACUUCUUCAAGCAUUUACUUUCCACCCACCAGCUGGAGUCUCCAGGGAAGAUCUAAGUCUGGAUCCUGACAUUGGAUUCAUUUUACUCCCUAAACCACAUCUGAUAUGUGCAAAGCUCGACAACUAGUGUGCUGCCACCACAAAUACCCAGUAACAAGGCAGAUGUUUUUGUUGAUUCAUUUUGACUGAUUGCAAAUGUCAAUACAGGUUGAAUAUCAUUAUUCAAAAGGCUUGGGACCAGAAGUAUUUUGGAUAUCGGAUUAUUCCGUAUUUUGGAAUAAUUGCAUACCAUAAUGAGAUAUCAUGGUGAUAGGACCAAAGUCAGAGCACAGAAUGCAUUCAUAUUUCAUAUACACCUUAUACACCCAGCCUGAAGGUAAGUUUAGCCAAUAUUUUUAAUAACUUUGUGCAUUAAACAAAGUUUGUGUACAUACACACAAUUCAUUUAUGUUUCAAAUACACCUUAUACACACAGCUUGGAGGUCUUUAAAUACAAUAUUUUUAAUAACUUUGUGUAUUAAACAAAGUUUGUGUACAAUGAGACAUCAUAAAACAAAAGGUGUGUACACACGGUGAGAUCCUUGCUAUGCACGAUUUUGACUAUGCGAUUUCCCUUGAACUCCCCCAGAGCCCAGAUAGCACAGAUAAUACAGAUUUUGUGCUUGAGAUUUUGUCUAUGUACGAUUUUGACUAAGUGCCAAUUUUGACUAACACCUUGAGAUAUGCACUAACUUUUCAUAAGAUUUUGCCAAUACAGGUUGAGUAUCCCAUAUCCAAAUAUUCCGAAAUACGGAAUAUUCCGAAUUACGGACUUUUUUGUGUGAGAGUGAGAUAGUGAAACCUUUGUUUUUUGAUGGCUCAAUGUACACAAACUUUGUUUAAUACACACAGUUAUUAAAAAUAUUGUAUUAAAUGACCUUCAGGCUGUGUGUAUAAGGUGUAUAUGGAACAUAAAUGAAUUGUGUGAAUGUACACACACUUUGUUUAAUGCACAAAGUUAUAAAAAAUAUUGGCUAAAAUUGCAUUCAGAUUGUGUGUAUAAGGUGUAUAUGUAACAUAAAUGCAUUCUGUGCUUAGAUUUAGGUCCCAUCACCAUGAUAUAUCAUUAUGGUAUGCAAUUAUUCCAAAAUACGGAAAAAUUCCAUAUCCAAAAUACCUCGGGUCCCAAGCAUUUUGGAUAAGGGAUACUCAACCUGUAUAGUCAAAAUCUUACAGAUUUAUCUCACCAAGUGUACACACCUAAAGGUUUCACUAUCUCAAGGGCCCUACACACUGGCCGACAUGACUGCACGAUAUGAACGAUCUCGUUCAUUAAUGAACGAGAUAACGUUCAUAUCGUACAGUGUGGAGGCUCCAGCGAUGAACGUUGCACGGCCCCGCGCUCGUUCAUCGCUGGUCCCCCGUCGGCUGUACAUGCAGGCCAAUAUGGACGAUCUCGUCCAUAUUUGCCUGCACUUCAAUGCAGCCGGGUGACGGAGGGAGUGAAGAAACUUCACUCCCCCCGUCACUGUCCCCCCCCCGCCGCUGGGUCGCCCGUCGGCUGUAUCCGCCGUCGGGCAGCUCGGCGGCUGAUCGGCCAGUGUGUAGGGCCUAUUAGUCCUAUUUAAAAAAUUCUGUAUUUCGGAAUAUUUGGAUAUGGGCUACUCAACCUGUAUUACUUUUCCUGUGUUAUUCUUCUAUUCUAAAAUAAACAUAUUACAUUCACCAUGGGGCAAUCUCAUGGUCACUGG